UACAUGACCUCGCGGACGUUUAGCUGAGGUUCUCCCCGUGUUGUCUGCCUGUCACCGGUAGCAGUACUGAGCCUGUCAGGCGUGACAUAUCGUCCACUCCCGGUGUAAAUCAACCUGUCCGGCCGGUAGUGUCUUGUGCCUGCACCGACGUCUGCACACAAAUUCGGAAUAAUUCUCGUGCUGCAUUUCUGACGGAAGAUCGUUCGGAGAAACACACAUACAGUGCGGGUCUCUUGGUGGGCACCUAAAGUGUGUUCAAGCAAGCAGUCUAUCUCAGUCAGUCAGGCGUUUGUUCAGACGAAAUCCGACACCGUGAAAAUGUCGCUACCGCAAGUCGUGCACUCGUUCUACAACCGUCUGUCCGAGUUUCUGUCCACAUGGGUGCAGUUCAAGUGGAUCCCGGAGCGGCUACAUCGCAUGGUACUGCAGUUCGCUCUGAAAGCGCUAGGGGAGAGAACAUGGCAACACCAGGACACCCUCCCUCCCCUGCCCGUCCCAGACUUGCAACAUACCAUGGACAGGUAUCUGGAAUCAGUGAAACCUCACGUGACCGCGGAGGAAUACAAGCAGACGGAGGAGGUGGUGCGGCAGUUCCUAGACGGGGACGGGCCGGAACUUCACAGACAGCUUCUGGACCGCGCGUCCACCCGCAAGAACUGGCUUGAAGACUGGUGGCUGGAGUUCGCGUACCUCCGGUUCCGGAAGCCUUUACCGCUGAACCUGAACAUGGCAGGGUCCGGGCCGUACUUCGAGCACGGCUGGCCGCCUCAGGAGGGCACCACCGCUGAGAGAGGGGCGCUCUUCGUGUACCACCUCCUGCAGUUCUGGAAACUACUCAGGACGGAGCAGCUGCCGGUUGACCGGCUAGCCCGAGGCGGGACCAUCCUGGACAUGGACCAGUUCCGCCGGUUCUUCUGUACCACCCGCGUGCCUGGUCAGGACAUCGAUAGGCUGGUCACCGCCUUCAAAUCUGUGUCAGAGGGGCCCUGUCCGACUUACAUGACGUUCCUCCACAAUGAUCGCAUCUUCAAGAUCGAAGUCAUCGGAGACAACGACGAACCGAUCACACCUCCGGAGAUCCAAGAACAAUUGGAAGCUGCCAUGAGGAUGGCAGAAUGUGAACCCGGUCCAGGAGUAUCUGUUCUAACGGCUGCGGAAAGGGACCAGUGGGCAAAGCUAAGAGAAAGGCUGAUUGAAUUGGACGAUGCCAACGCCUACAACCUUGACGUUAUCGAGCAGAGCCUGGUCUGCUUCAGUUUUGACGACGCCUUCCCGACCAAUCACGGCGAGAACUUUGCGGAGUCGCUGGCUGGUUGCGUGCGGAACCGGUGGUUCGACAAGUGUGUCAGCGUCCUGAGUUUCCGGAGCGGCACCAUAGCGACCAAUAACGAUCACACCCCCUGUGAUGGUAUGGUGCACAUCCACUGUGCCUACUACAUCGACUGUCAGCUGAAACAGAACGACUGCACGUGGAAGGGGCAUGUCCCAGACCGGAAGCUGCCUCCGCCCGAGGAACUUGUCUUCACCGUGGACGAUGAAAUCCAAAAGGCCGUGAAACACACUGAACAACAGUAUAACAGCCAGGCAUGUGACCUGGAAGUCAUCUGUCCCAACUUCACCGACUACGGCAAAAAGUUUGUCCGGAGUUUCAACCUCCACCCUGACUCGUACGUACAGUGUGCGCUGCAGCUGGCAUACUACAGAAUCCAUGGAAGACCAGCCCCGGCGUAUGAGACAGGCAUGACUCGGCAGUUCUACCACGGGCGCACCGAGACGGUCCGGUCCUGUACCCCCGAGGUGGUGGAGUGGUGCAAGGCCAUGGCUGAGGAGAAAACCACGGUUGAAGAGAAAAAGUGCCUGAUGGUUCGAGCGCUGAAGAAACACGUGGAACUGAUGGAGGAAGCAAAGAGCGGCAAUGAUAGUGUAGCAUUCUAUAGAUGUUUGAUUCAUAUAUCUUUCUUGCUUCCAUUGGUGGUGAUUCUUUUUUUUUUUUUUUUACGAACUGUUUAUUUUAGCGGUGGUGGGGGUAACUUUGUGCUGUCUACCAGUCUUGUUGGGUAUACCCCCUGUUCAGGGGCGUGUGUGCCCAUGGUGCCUCAUGGCUACGCCUCCAUCUACAAGAUUGAAGCACAGAGAUUUACCAUUGCGAUGACCGCGUGGAAGAGCGACCCCGAGACUAGUGUCGAGAAGCUGUACUGCAGCCUACGUCAGGCCUUCACAGAUAUGAAGGAACUGCUCACCACGCCUUCAAACGUUAACAACUGAUGGAGAUAGACGUAUAUGUAGCAUGUGGUAACACAUAUAUUUACCUCUUGUGGAGGUAUUCGGUAUAGUAAUCUAAUAUUCAAACUUACAUGUAUUGUCUCUUUUUUUUACUUUUAUCUAACACAAAAGGAUAGAUGAAUAUUCGAUCCUUUCAAUCGGCCAUCAUCAGGAAUUAAAAAAAAAACUUCAAGAGUGUAUAUCGUUCCAACCAAAAAUGAUAUUUCAUUUUGACAAUGCUCUUUAUUUAGUUUCUCUAAUUGGGCCAGUUAGUGACCUUAUUGGUUGAGUCGAGUUUUGUCUCGAGCAUUGUGAUUGGUGUUUCUGACUUAGGGACUAACAGAUGCCGUACAAGUACUAUAUUCACGUAACCCGCAAAACCUAAAGUUGCCUUCCGGUGUUGUUACGUGGUGACUAUUGAUAUUUAAAAAAGAUAGAACAUGGUUGAGGAAAAGAUUUUGAAAAAAUGCUACUUAUAUGUGCCCUAUGCAGUUAACUCUAUACAUAUCUAGCAAAUAUAUAUAAUAGCCUUAUAUGCUUACGGAAACGGGAAUCUAUAUAUGUCAAUACUACCUGGAACAGAGACAGGUAGUGGAAGGUUAUUGCAACGUCCGGUGACUGACUAUGAGCAGAUUGACUAUGAAAAAAUUUCGAAAAAUGCUACAUUGUACUUAUGUGCCCUAUGUAGUUAACUAUAUACAUAUCUUGCAAAUGUAUAUAAUAGCAAGUUAUAUCUAUGUCAAUACUAUCUACAACAGAGUCAGGCAGUGGUAGGUAACCGGUAUUGCAACGUCCGGUAACUGCGACUAUAAGCAGUUUUCGAAUUCCCGGUGACUGACUAUAAGCAGUUUUCGAAUUCCCGGUGACUGACUAUAAGCAGUUUUCAAACUCUCUUCAAUCUUAUGACGUAAUCUACUCACUACUAGUUGUGGACGAUACAUUUUGUAAUUACGUCACAAAGAUUAUGUUAUACUGGGCCAAAUGCUACAUGUUAUAUUGAUACUUAAUAGAUAGAAAAUAUCACUAGUACAGUAUUUACAGUAUAUAUACAGUAUAUAAAAUUGACACAAGAUACACAACUAUAUACACACAGAGAUAAAGUGUACUUAUGUAUCAGUAAGCAAAUAAUGACGUAAUCAUCUCAC